UGCACAUGUUUGAGUUCUGGAAGAAGAGUAAGAAGCUGGACUAUAAAAGCAGGGCUUUGCAAGAGGUCACAUCUUCUAUGCACAUCUCUUCUCACAGGGCUGAUAAAAAAGUCUGUUUUUCUCUCUGUUCACAAUGCGGCUUUAUGCAGCUUUGAUCCUGUUUAUGAUUCUGUCCACAGCAUGUGGAUUACAAUGCUACUCAUGUGCAAAAGCUCACCCUAAAGCCUGCACAGAGAUCAUAACUUGUCCUGAAUCCAUGAAAAGCUGUGUCUCUGCCAUUGUCAACGGUUAUGCCACUAAGUAUUGCAUGCAAAGUGAGCAUUGUGAAAAGCCCCUGGCUUGCUGUGAACAGGACUUGUGUAACAGCGCCAUACCAGCUGGUCCCAGUGUCAUCCUCCUGCUGACAUCCUCAGCCAUCAUCAUACUGUUUCUCUGAGGCUCUGCAUUGUACUGUUUUUCUUACCAAAUUUGUACAACUCAGGAAGCAUAAACUAUUUUUCUAAAUAGAAAAGCUGUUAAUGAGUACAGAUCAAUAUUUGUUCAAUAAACCACAAUAUGA